AUGAGGGCGAGGAGGAGAUGUGUGCUUGAUGCUGCUGUCUCUGCUGCCAUUUCAUCCGUGGGUCUUUACUGAUAUGCUAACUGUGUUGCUUGAAUUAUUUUAACUCAAUUAUUUGAACCGAAAACAGACUGGUAAAAUCUUUAAAAAUUAAAGAAAAUAGCUCGAUGGGGACCUUAUAAGGCCUCAGUAAGGCAGGAUCUUUCUGUUAGCACUGCUGCAAUCAAUGCUAGUCUGUUAAAUCAUUUUAAGAGCAUAACCAUCGACAUGGUGUUUGUUUUUCGGAGGUUCUGAGCUCUUUACUCAAAGGUAAGUCCUCGUUGAGGUGUUUCAGUAACGUGUUGUUGUGUGCUAACUAUCACAGUAAAUGAUACCUCAGUGGCUUAAUGCUAAGUGUAUUAGGCCUCGUGUUUCAACAUAUAAUUAUUUUAUAAAAUCUUUGAUGCCUUUUUAAGACGAUUUCUGUCAAAGUUUCAGUCUCUAUAAAUUCGCAGUCGUGUUUAGCAUCUAGCUUUGCUAUGACCCAUUUUUUUCUAGCUAACUUCAGGGUCUCAUUGUUUUACUGCUGAAUAACAACCAGUGUGUAAUCCACAUGGGGGCUGACUACGCCAAUGUUUAUUGAGUUGGAGAGGAGUGGCCUCCCCCUUCUCCCUCCCUCCCCCCAAAAUUAGAUCACCCAACUGUAAAUCACAUGGACCCCAUCUGCUGAGAUGAUUUGAGCCCAUUACUGUCUCCUCAUAAAGUCCAUCAAUUAUCCAUGUGGUCUGCACAGUCUGCAGGUUAGGUGCACAUUUUUGUUUAUUUUACAUCUAUUCAAACACUUCCCCUCUUUGUAAAGAGGAAGGAUGUCCACAGCUGUUGUUUCGACUGAGUUUAGAAGCGUUCUAACAUGUUUAAUCAAAGCUGAUCAGGUUUUUAAGUGAUUACUAAUUUAUUUAAAAUAGAGAAGCUUUGAUUUAAAUGUUAAAAAACACUGACAAAAAUGAAUAAAUCCUGAAAAAAAUGUAUGGACUAGUUGAUCAAAAUGAGGUAAUAAAAUCCAUUUUGAUAAAGUUAAAUUAAUUGUUUGAUUUUUUUAAAGACAAAAAUAUGAAACCCCUAACUUCUAGGCCUGGCUGUUCUUCUUCACUAUAACUACCAAACAAUUUAUCAGUUGUCGUGUUUGCAUGACAUGAUGUUUAAAGGUAUAUUAGGCCCUGAUAUCAACAUGAAUACUUUUACAGAUUGAAUUUCUUAAAACAUGGAGACGAUAUGGCUUUAUCAGUUCCGCCUUAUUGUCAUUGGAGACUCCACUGUGGGGAAGUCGUGUCUGAUCAGGAGGUUCACUGAGGGACGCUUUGCCCAAGUGUCAGACCCGACUGUGGGUGUGGACUUCUUCUCCCGUCUGGUGGAGAUCGAGCCAGGCAAAAGGAUCAAACUUCAGAUCUGGGACACCGCAGGACAGGAGAGGUUCAGAUCCAUCACCAGAGCGUACUACCGCAACUCAGUAGGUGGGCUGUUACUCUUCGACAUCACAAACCGUCGCUCCUUUCAGAACGUCCACAACUGGCUGGAGGAAGCUCAGAGCCACGUCCAGCCACACAGCAUCGUCUUCCUGCUGGUGGGUCACAAGUGUGACCUUGAUGCCCAGCGUCAGGUAACCCAGCAGGAGGCAGAGAAGCUGGCGGGGGCCUACGGGAUGCGUUAUGUGGAGACAUCAGCACGAGAUGCCAUCAAUGUGGAGAAGGCAUUCGUUGACUUGACCCGGGACAUCUUUGAGCUGGUUCGUAACGGAGACAUCAAGAUCCAGGAUGGUUGGGAGGGUGUCAAGAGUGGAUUUGUUCCCAAUACGGUCCAUUCUUCAGAGGAGGUCACUAAGGGCAGUCGGCAGUGCUUCUGCUGAUCCAGCUGUCUUCACCUGUCUACAAUGUUGAAUGGUGACAGGCGGUACCACUUGGACUCCAUCUAUAGGAGAUCUCCCUCACCAAGGCUGCUCUCAGACCAGUUUCCCUGCUCAGUCAUAAACUUCUACAUAUGACACAUUGUUUUAUCUUCUGGUGCCUGUCUCCGGCUCUGUCCAAAUCAAGACACUUUGUUGAUGUUUCUAAGAGGCGUAGAAGCACAAGAAGCCCCCUAACUUCCUUGCUGUCGUGUGCAUGUGUGUGUGACUGUAAUAACCCUGCAGCUGUUAUCAUCAUUUCAGCUAAAAAGAUCUUCUUGGCCUUUUCCUGAUGUGUAUAAUUUAACUCCAGUGGCCAGUUCUGUUGUUGCUGCACAUAUUUAAAAGCUGGUGCUGACAGUGUUGUGUGUCAUACGCUGAUGUUAAAUCAAGAUCGGUGAUGCCAAGAGUCAGCCAUGUUUUUCCUUUGUCAUGCAAAAUAAUCUGAAUACCUUGCAAAGAUGAUAAGGAAGGCGAUUUCACUGGUUGUGCUGCACAAUGAAUCCAAGAGACUUUUUCCAGAUCAAGGGUAAAAGGGAAAGUGAAAUAUUUGAGGUGUGUUUUCUGUUUGACUGUGACCUGCUAAAGACUGCUAUAGAGAGAGUUUGCACUGUGAAAAUGUUGAUUUGUUUUCUGAAAGAACAAAUCUACUGUAGCUGCUUACUUAUAGCCAUUAUGAAUUCAUGUGUUGGUUUUCUGGUGAGAAAAGUUGCGCCAUAAACGCCUUUUGUAUAAAAGCCCAAAGUGUUCAAUAUUAAAUAAAUAAAACACGUUUUGAA